AAUCACCGCAUGAAAGAUAUUGGUUCAAGGAUAUCUCUUCAUUUUCAACAUAUUUUUCUACUGGGACUUUAUCAACAAGUUACUGCGCCUUUAUUGCAUGUUGUCUGAGUGAAGGAUUAUGGCAGCUCGCCUGGCUUUAAACUUUACAUUCAGGCUGGAGAUGGGGAUGUAUGCCUACUAGCUGGAAGUGCCUGGGGAACUAUUACAUCAGACGAAAUGACAAUGAUUAAAAUCUGCUUUUUGCUGCUCUAAAUCUAUUGAGCGACAGUUGCCUGUUAGGUUUCUACCCCCCCUCUAAAUCACAACUUCACACCGUUAAGGGGAACGGUCUACUUUAGCCGGGGAAAAAAUUAGAUAAGUUAUUAUAUCUGUGCAGUCAUAAUUUGUGGAAUAGGGGGGUAUCACGUUUUCUUCCUUGAGAAAAUUGCCUGGGCGAGAGAGUGGAGUUGAGCUAAUUGUAGCCUAAUCCCUGGCCCAGAGGCGCUCGGGCUGCCCGGAGCAAGAAUUUUCUUUUUUAGCUCUGCUCUGUUAUUUAGAGACGGAUUAUUGGCUUUCUUCUUCUCAUAACAAACCACAGGGGCAGUUUCAUUUGGGCAACACAAAAAAAGCAGACAACAAGCAGAAAUACGAAGCAAGGAUUCCAACAAGAGCGCACAUUUUUUACGCGUAUCCAAAUAAGAGCUGAGAAGGGGAAGGAGAUCAUCUCAUCUAUGUACAAGGAGGGAAGAAGCAUGUCACGGCUGUCUCUGACCCGGUCCCCGGUCUCUCCUCUGGCCGCUCAGGGGAUCCCUCUGCCGGCUCAGCUGACCAAGUCAAACGCCCCGGUGCAUAUCGAUGUCGGGGGACACAUGUACACCAGCAGCCUGGCAACCCUCACCAAGUACCCAGACUCUAGAAUCAGUCGUCUGUUCAAUGGCACCGAGCCCAUCGUGUUGGACAGCUUGAAGCAGCACUACUUCAUAGAUCGGGAUGGCGAGAUAUUCCGCUACAUUCUCAGUUUCCUCAGGACCAGCAAAUUGCUCCUUCCAGAUGACUUCAAGGACUUCCACCUGCUGUACGAGGAGGCGCGCUAUUACCAGCUGACGCCCAUGAUCAAGGAGCUGGAGCGCUGGAAGCAGGAGCGCGAGCAACGGCGGAUGGCACAGCCCUGCGACUGCCUGGUGGUCCGCGUCACACCCGACCUGGGCGAGAGGAUUGCCCUGAGUGGUGAGAAGGUCCUCAUCGAGGAGAUCUUCCCUGAGACCGGUGAUGUUAUGUGCAACUCAGUCAACGCUGGCUGGAACCAGGACCCAACACAUGUCAUCCGCUUUCCCCUCAAUGGCUACUGCAGGCUCAACUCCGUCCAGGUUCUGGAGCGUCUUUUCCAGAAAGGUUUCAGCGUGGCAGCGUCUUGCGGAGGUGGUGUGGACUCAUCCCAGUUCAGCGAGUAUGUGUUGUGUCGUGAGGACCGGCGGAGUCUCUCCCUCAACACGCCCAUCAGGAUAAAACAGGAACCCCUGGACUAGAGCAUUCUGGGAGAGGGACUGCCAACCCUACCGAUACUCCUUCCAUCUUCUCACACCACCCCACCCUGCCUCCCCCUGCCCCCCUCCUGCCCUAACAGGACCACAGACACUCCCAACAUACCUAAAUAUUAGCAGAGGCUUGUUAACCUCGCUAGCUCUGCAGAACUCUAAGGGGAAUGUAGUACCAAACAAAGGAAAAAAAGCAUCAGCAGCAAAAGUUUUUGAUUAUGUUAAAUAACACCCAAAGAAUCGGGGACUGUGAUAAAAACAAUGACAAAUGGACUUGACAGCAGCUCACUUGAACCAUUUUAGCACCAUGACUGGUUGAUUUUUCCGUUCUUAUCUUAUUAAAAAGGUGUCCUGACCCUUUUGGAAUGACACAACUGCCCCCUCCUUCAAUCCCAAGGCUUUCCACUUCCCAACACACACACACACACACACACACACACACACACACACACACACACACACACACACACACAGACACACACACAGACACACACACACACACACACACACAGACACACACACCACCCUUCUACCCCUUUUUCAGUGGUGUUUCUUCUGUUCUGUUCCUGUAUGAGGCCCAUAUCUGGCUUGCUGUGGGACAAGAAAGCUUUGGCAGACAGGACGCUGUUGAGGACGACAGGAAGAGGACAUAAUCCCAUCUCGCAAGCCCCCCAAAAGGCCCCAAUUCCCCAAGACCCUGUGACCUUCCAAACCCAUCCCACCUCACCCCACAGGCCUUGCUACUGACGGCGGUGGCCUCGCUGAAAACAGCAUCAUUUGCCAAACUGAUUGUUUAUUACAAUUUUCAUUGUUGUUUCUAAAGUAUGUUCUUCUUGCUCCUUUUGCUGUUCUUAUCAUGACAUGGUGUAAACAAUUAUUAUUAAUAGGAUUAUUUUUAAUGUCUCUUUUUUCCUUUCUCCAAUAUGAAGGAUGUAUGAACGUUGUAUUCAUUAGGCUUUGAGAGCUUGUGAGGGAGCGUUUCUUGGCAGUAGCUGCAGAAACUCAGAUGUCUGCAGGCUAUGUGGCUAAAGCGAUCUGGCUGGCAAUGCAUUCAGAGCCGGAAAAAGUCCCAUUGUUCAAACGGGGAUAGAAGAGAACCUGGAUCUUUCAAAAUUGUUUAUAGUCAAAUGUGUAGCACACAUAAAAAAGUGCUCUGGAAUUUCUGCUUAUUAGCUCUAAAAACAUAUCUUGGGUCUCUAUGAUCAGAUUCUCUCUCAUGGGCAAAAACCUUUGCUCAUUUUUAGCAGAAGUUUAAGAAAGUCAGUGAAUUUGAAAUUCAGGUUUAACUUGCACAAGCUCUAAGUGUAAUGCAGUUUUAUUGAGUUAGAAUGUUAAAGACUUGAGGACCAACGUGGACGUUUACCAGUAUGUCUUGUGAUCAGCAAGAGAUGUACUCUAAAUGCUUAAUGUUUCUUUGCACUUAAACAUUUCCUACAGAGCCGCCCUGUCCUGUUCCAAACCAAACACUUGUUUGAACCCAGUGACCAGUGCCAAGUCAAGCUGUUUAAUUUCUCCAGAGACCAGAAUACGAAAACGUUUCAAACUAGAAGGGCACUCGGAGAGCCCAGACCUCCGCCAAGGAUUUCCAUGUUAUCAGCCGCAUACAUAUUGGUCAGAGGGUUCCUGCUACACCUACUAUAUGUCCAGAAGGUCUUGUUCAGCUCAUUAAAGUUUUGUAAGUAGUUUUGUAAGGUUUAACUUUCAUUAGGCUUAUGCGCCAAAACUAUGUGAUUAUGUAGUGUGUAGCAAAAAAGAAAACACAUGGUUAGGUUCAGGGGAGAAAUACACUACGUGGUUAGGUUUAUUAAAAAGAUUGGUUGAUUUGGACUAAAUACCUUACAUUACUGAACAUAUGUAUGCCGGGACAAUGACUUCAAUGGAGCAGGCCCCUUCUAACCUUCUAUGCCUAUGGGGCUGAUAACCACUAAUAACGGGCAUUCAAUCACAUGAUAAGGUCCAACGAGCAAAAGUUACAGCAGAACAAGUAGUGUAGGUACCAAAAAGACAAGGUGCCUAUUUUGAUGAUUGUACAAGGCAUCACCUCUUUUUACAG